AUGCGCAAAUGGAGUGCAAUUCUGUCCAUGCGGCAAUCGAACGAAAACUCAAAAAUCGAGGAAAUUCACUUACCAAGUGGUUACAGUACAAUUACAAAGGAAGCACGCAGGAUAAAUCCUUAUGAAGUUAUACAAGUUGACUACAAGUUUGUAAAAAACUACGCUGAUACUGAAAAUUGGUAUUACAAAAGUAUAAGACCUGGGCGUAGGACUGACGAUCCACAAGUAGUAGACAUAAGAGCCAUAAAAUACAACACAAUGACAGAUGAAGUAAAGCUCAACUUUGAUGAAGAUUGGACUUCUCUUCCACAGAGACCCAAGAUUAUAAGUUCUGAAAUGUAUUCAUCGUCAAAUGUAUUCGAAUAG